AUGAAUGAGUUGCCGGAAAAGACGGUCGAAUUUGCUGCCGCUGGUUUUGACUUGAGGGAUUUACACAAUCAACAUCAUUUUGGGGUUGAACAAUCGUUGUACUUAGCAAGACAAGUGAAUCCAGAGGUAAGGAAAGCCGAAGUCAGGAAGGUGGUGAGAGAAUGUGAACGAUGCCAGUCGAUCGACCCUGCCAGCAGCAUUCAUGAAGCUGGUGAUCUUGGCGUGGAAAAAGAUCGGGUGAGACUGGCCAUCGACGUCACUCAUUACAGGGGUCUGGCCUACCUAUCAAUGAUCGAUUGUGGUCCUGGAAGGUUUGCAAUUUGGAUAAAGAUGACAACUGAAGGGUCACUCGCUGUAGGGAAAGAAUUGGAACAGGUUUUCUUUGAACGGGGCCCAGUCGAAGAAAUCUUGAUGGACUAUGCAAUGGUAAUGGAUGAAUUGUUAAAGAAAUGGGAUAUAGCUCCGUUCUAUCGAGCUGCAUACAGGGUGAAUGGGAAUGGAAUCGUCGAGAGACAUCACCGCACAUUAAAAGCUAUGUCAGAGAGGGGACAGAUUACGCCAGCAGAGGCAGUGUUUUGGUACAAUAUCUCACCCAGGAAUGGCCAACGGGUUUGCCACUGCUCUUUGACAUGCCCCACCCUGGUUUUCCAAUACGCUGCUGUGUCUGUGAACAACGGGACUGCCACAGUGGACUGUCAUGGGGGCUACUUUGUCCAGCCAGGGGUGACCACCCAGACAGCUCAAUGUUUCGGCCACCAGUGGAACAGCACGCUCGUUGAUUGUCAACCCAUUGACUGCGGUCCCUCGGAAAGUAAUACAAACAUGAUUGUGACGUAUGAAAGAUCAACUCUUGGAACCACAGAGUAUGGCCAAGUCGCCUUAUACAAGUGUGGGUCGGGGCUGAUGGCAGACAGCAACUCCAGGGUAGACGGUUCCAGUGUUGUCCGUGUCAUGUGCAACGCCAGCGGCCUGUGGGAGAUCAUCGAAGGAGAGUCGAGCUCCCCCACGAAACAGUACAAAUGUUCCCCAAUGGCAGAGUACAUGGGCUGCAUGCCAGUGAACGACACCUCUGCGAUGGAGUCCAAGGUCAUAUCCUCCACCCAUGUGUGGUCAAACUAUCGCUCUUGCCAGUCGUUCUGUAGAGAGAGGAACAUCUUGUACUUUGCACGACAGGCUGACUCAUGUGUGUGCCUCCCGAGCGUGCUGAGCUUGGAAAGUGUGGACAGUGGACUGUGUAACACGCCCUGUCCCGACCAGCAGACGUUCUGUGGGGGAGACGACCAGUUGUACUCUGUCUACGCAAACGUUCAUUCGACAACAUCAUGCGACCCGAAUUGGAUAGCGUUUAACGGCAACUGCUACUUCUUUAAUCCCACCAAGGGGGAUAUGGCCUUUCAUUUUGACCAGUGCCGCAGUUGGAACAGUCUCCUGGUGACGGUCACAGACCCGACAGAGUGGGCGUUUCUCAAAGAUGCCAGAGAUUACAUGAACCACAUUGAGGGCAAUAUGUACAUCGGCCUCUAUGACACGUAUGGUACUUUCUCUUACAUGUGGACGGACGAAACUGCGGUGAACUUCAGCAACCAUUGGCUGCGGAGUAAUGACGUCACUGCCUCCUGCGUCAUCGAAUUCGCCGUCUAUGAGCAGCCCGUGGUGCUUCGAGACAUGCAGAGCACAGUACAUGAGUGUCUCUAUGACCAAAGGGGAUGACUGCUUCUGUACUGGGCAGUGGUGGAUGAUGGGCCUCACAGUCGCACGCACAGAGACAGCCAACCUGCUCUAUGCCAAUGGGGCGUGGCUUCCAGACAACCUGAACACAUCCCUGGCAGAGCUGUCUGAGUACACCUGCUUCGCACACAGAAAGGCCAGUGUAGAUACCAUCUCUAAUGUCGCUUGUGACGCUUCUCCCUUCAUCUGUGAGACCAACGAUGGUUACGUUGGGUGUUUCGAGUCUCCACAUUCCGACUUCAGGGAGUUCACCAUGUAUAAAGACAUCAAUGUGAGGCAAUGUAUGGAGUCCUGCAAGAAAAAAGAGUCCACCUACAUGGGUUUGGCGAAGUCAGGCAGCUGUUACUGUGUGGAGAUGACCAAUCUCACGGCAGCAGGGUCAGAAGAGAAUUGUAAUACCUUCUGCGCUCGCAAUCAAAACUGUGGUGGAAGUGAUCCUUAUGUCGGAGUCUAUACAAUAGAUUACAAAAAGAACGCUACCUCGUGCGAGGAACUGUUUGUUCAAGGUGUUCUUAUCCCUGGCCAGUAUUCCAUCAAUGGCUCUCUGACCUACUGCGGCAUGAAACAUUCCUCUGUGAUUGCUGCUAUGGCGGAGAGCUGUGACGUCAGCAGUUCCUGUGCACUGAGCAGCGACAAGCACUGGGUUGGGGACGACGGGGUUGAUAUCACCUUAGAUAUUGAGCCCACGACGGUGUCCUCUGAUCUGAUGACUGCUUGUACUGGCGUGAAACGUUCUCGAACUCUGACCUAUUGCAAAGAGACCAGUCUCUGACCACUGAGUCCUACUACAGCAUGUAUCGUUACACCACUGGGCCUAUGCCAGCCUCUGGGGGCGGGGUCUUCUCAGCUGCCUGUCAGAGAGAUGAGAGUUACCAAGGCUGCUUUGAACUGAACAGCCAGUCUGGCAUUUCAUUAACAAAAGCCAAUUCCCAGCCGUACUAUUCUAUGACCUUGACCCAGUGUCACCAGCUGUGUCAAGGUCAAAGCACUUUGAGGGUUUUGGUGGGACGUCUGGAGUGUUAUUGUCUUAUGGGCUCCGGGGAUUUCGCGGCAAUCACACAGGUAAAUACUACAGAUCCAGGGUGUGACGAAGUUUGCUUAGGAAAUCGAUUACAGAGGUGCGGGUCAAGCGACAGAUUCCGAUUGCACUCCAUGGAGGAGGACGCAGCCGACUCCUGUCAGAUGCUCUACGAUAACUUCGUCAUGUUUCCAGGGACCUACCUGGUCAAUGGGAGCUUCCAAAGCUGUGGGAUCGAUGACCAGUCCAAGAUUUGCGCGUCUGGAUUCUUGUCCUUGAGGGGUAAAUGUCUCAGCUUCCAGAGACAGGAAAACACAGUUCUAGACAUGGCGGCCAUCACCUGCCAGUCCCUGCAGGCCAAUCUGGCAGCCCCUAUCAACCAAAGUUUCGUGGAGACCUUGGCUGACGUCAUUCAGAAAGUGACAUCUUUGAGAACAGCACAGCUAUGGGGGAUCGGUCACUACAGUCCACGAGACAAUGGCAGGUAUGUGUCGUCCCAAGGACACAUGUUUGCCAAAGUCGAUCCGAUGUUCGCCAAUAUUGUGUCAGAAGGGGAAGGUCUUAAGUGUAUUGCCAUCAACAUAAGCAGCUCAAGCUUGGUAUCUGUGGACUGCAAUACAAAGCUUCCUUUCAUCUGCGAAUACUUCGAUGAGGACACACAAUGUGCUGAGAUAGCAUCUCUUCCACCUGAUGCGGAAUCAAUGAAGUUGGACAUGAGAAUGACAGUACAACAGUGUGCCUCUUACUGCAAAGGUGUACCGGGGAAAUCAUUAGCCGCCAUCAGGUCCGCGGACAAUGAGUGCCUGUGUUUUAAUUCCUCCAUUGAAGCUCUGAGCCCAGCCAGCUCGUGUUCGUGGGUAUGUCCAGGACAGAGCACUCAACUUUGUGGAGGGCCAUCCCAUGUUUCGCACGUGUAUUCUGUCUACGACAUUGAUUUCCCCUCAGACCAGCUACAUCUCAAGACAAAAAGCUGCGAGGAAUUGUUCACCUACGGCGUUGUUGUCCCGUCCACCUACCUCACAGACACAGCCUUGUAUGUCUCCUGCUUCAAGCUGAGUGAACGCAGCUCCUGCUUGUUGAACUACGGGACUGCAUCGGUCCUCGAGGUAGCAGAGCCCAAUGGGCCUAAUGAUGUUGUUCUGAGAGCCUUCUCGUUGUCAAAUGGAGGAUGGGUGGGCUCAUCUUCCACGACACCUUAUGCCAUAUUUGAACUGACAGACUAUCACGUCAUUGAAGGCUUCGUGAUGAUGGGUGAUAUGGAGAAGAUAACCUUGAGUACUUCAAUAGAUGGAACAGUGUGGCAGGCGUAUCCUUAUAAUGAGUCAGCACGGCAUACUUGGGAUGUUACACCUACCCUGCCACGCCCAACUGGCAGUCUGUCCCCUCCAGCCCUCACUGUAGGUACAGCUGCCGUAACAACAACCUCGGGGGCCUCGUGCAUCCAGACGAGUGCUACUGCGUGGGGACUGAGGAUUUCCGGGAACCGUUUGGAGCCCAGGAGGGGCGGUGCUUACAAGAAUGCUUCAGUAACACAAGAGUAUGUGGCUCUUUUGGCGCGGUGGCGCUGUACUAUAGCUCGGCCCUGACAUGCAACUUCGGAGACGAAAUAAGCAACGCCACCACGACAACCCAGCCCAUUGUAGGCCCCGUGACCCAGGCUUUGAGAGUGGCGACGGGUCAGGGGUCACUUCUCUGGUCACCACGUGCAUGA